AUGACACAUCCAAUUAGGGCCCCGGACAACAUCCCCCUCGACAUCCAUGUGGAGUACUACACGCAACGUGCCACCAAGGGAGGCCUGCUUAUCAGCGAAGGCACCAUCAUCAGCGACAGGGCGUCCGGCUACCCAUCGGUGCCCGGGAUUUGGACCCAGGAGCAGGUGGAGGGCUGGAAGCCCGUGACCGCCGCGGUGCACCAGCUGGGCUCCACCUUCUUCUGCCAGCUGUGGCACGUGGGCAGGGCCUCUGCGCCUUGCUACCAGCCCGACGGGGGCCUUCCUCUGGCCCCCUCCGUGCUCCCCAUCCCACCAGAGUGGGAGUACUUUGACACGAAGCUGGGCAAGCCACAGAAGUACCCCCUGCCGCGCGAGCUGGCCGCCGAGGAGCUGCCCGGGAUCGUGGAGCAGUACCGUGUGGCGGCCCGGAACGCCAUUGCCGCUGGUUUCGACGGCGUGGAGAUCCACGCCGCCAAUGGCUACCUGAUCCACGAGUUCCUGAGCGAGAGCUCCAACCACCGCACCGACGCCUACGGCGGCCCCAUCGAGAAUCGGGCCCGGUUGGCACUGGAGAUCGUGCGAGCCGUGGUGGAGGAGGUGGGCGCCGAGCGCACCGGCAUCCGCUUCUCCCCCUUCAACGAGUUCCUGGGCAUGCACGACGCACACCCCUUUGCCCUCUACACCUACCUGCUGGAGGAGCUGGCGGCCUGGGAUCUGGCCUACGUCCACAUGGUCACCCCCAUCGUGAAAGGGAACGUGGACCACCCGGAGGGGGAGGGCUCGCUGGAGCCCUUCCGCGCGGUCUGGAAGGGCACCUUCCUCGUCGCCGGCGGGUUCAAGCGCGACUCCGCGGUGGCGGCGGUGCGUGAACACCACGCUGACCUCGUCACCGUGGGUCGCCACUUCCUAGCCAACCCGGACCUGCCCCGGCGCUGGGCACUGAACGCGCCCCUGAACAAGUACGAUCGCUCCACCUUCUACACGCCCGGCGUGAAGGGCUACCUGGACUACCCCUUCCUGGAAGACACCGAGGAGGGGAAAGAGUUCUUGGCAAGCUUGAAGCCCGAGGCCAAUUGA